CGCGGCUCACAUCAAACACCCCCUUCAGCUGUGCUCGGUGCUCACUGCCGCAAAACCACAACCACACAGGGAAGCGCCCAGCGCCCAGCACCCUUUCAAAUCACCACAUCCACGCUCCUCCGUUCCAUGGCCAUGUCGAGCAGCGCCAGCAAGAAGCAAGCCCAGGCCCAGGCCCAGAAGGCCGGGCGGAGGCCCCCGGCGGUGUCGUCGGCCGCGGCCGCGGACGCGGACGCGGAGAUGCAGAGGGUGUUCUCGCGCAUCGACGCGGACGGCGACGGGCGGAUCUCGCCGUCGGAGCUGGCGGCGGUGUCGCGCGCCAUCUCCCCGCCGGCGAGCUCCUCGCACGGGCGGCGCGAGGUGGCGGCCAUGAUGGACGAGCUGGACACGGACCGCGACGGCUUCGUGGACCUGGGCGAGUUCAGGGCGUUCCACGCGCGCGGCGUUGGCGGCGGCGGGGACGACGGCGACGACGCGGAGCUCCGCGCCGCCUUCGCCGUGUACGACGCCGACGGCGACGGGCGCAUCACGGCGGCCGAGCUGGGCAGCGUGCUCGCCCGCAUCGGCGAGGGGUGCAGCGCCGAGGAGUGCCGCCGGAUGAUCGCCGGCGUCGACGCCGACGGCGACGGCUGCGUCGGGUUCGAGGAGUUCAAGAUCAUGAUGCGCGGCCCCCAGCCCCAGCCCCAGCCUCAGCCUCAGGCCGGCGCCGGAGUGACAGCCGUGCCGGACAAGGCCAAGAAGGAGUGACGGGUGUAGGUGUAGGUGUACUCAUCUGGGCAUCAGUCGGGGGGAAGGGAUCGAGUUCCUCUGCCUCUUCUGUUGCUUUCACCUAGUCUGGACUGGAGGAAUGGAAAUACUCAACUUCCUGCA